UUCACGUCCGACAAUAUCCUUGUCCCAUCUGAAAGGAGCUGACCAGUAAUGCUUGAGUACAAUUACACUGACUAUGAGGAUGAAGUCUGUGAAAAGGGCGAUGUGGUCAGAUUUGGAUCCAUCGUCAUCCCUGUUUACUUCUCUGUGGUGAUCACCCUGAGCCUCACAGGAAAUAUUCUUGUCCUUGUGAUCCUGGCUCUGUACGAGAACCUCAAGUCCCUCACCAAUAUCUUCAUCCUCAACCUGGCCAUCUCUGACCUCGUCUUCACCACUGGCCUCCCCUUCUGGGCAAUCUACCACAUCUGGGGCUGGUUAUUUUCAGAGAUUCUCUGCAAAAUCGUGACUUUUGUCUUCUUCACUGGGUUCUACAGCAGCAUCCUGUUCCUGACCAUCAUGACCAUCUACAGGUACCUGGCGGUGGUCCACCCUCUCUCUGACCUGAAGAUGCAAAAACUCAGCACCGGUAUUUCCCUGUCUCUCCUAAUGUGGAUUAUAAGUAUUGGAGCAGCCCUGCCCUCCCUGCUCUACAGCUCCGUCAUCUCCAUCCCCCACAAGGAUACACACUCCCUGGGCUGUGAAUGCGAAUCCACCCUGUGGAAAAUCUUCACUAUCUCCCAGCAGAAUAUUUUUUUCUUGGUUGCUUUUGUGGUGAUGGGUUUCUGCUACAUCCGAAUACUCGUAAAAAUCACACAAACGAGAUCCCACACAAGGAACAGAGCAGUGAAGCUGGUCUUCUGCAUCGUGGCUGUAUUCUUCAUCGGCUGGGUGCCGUACAACGUGGUGAUAUUUCUCAGGACUCUGGCUGACAACUUGGUCGAACCGUUUGAAGACUGUGAAGUCAGCAUCCAGCUUGAUUAUGCGUUCCAUGUGUGUCGGCUCAUUGCUUUCUCCCACUGCUGCCUCAACCCUGUCUUUUAUGCGUUCGUUGGUGUGAAGUUCAGGAGCCAUCUGAAGUCAAUGCUGCAGCAAAAGUUCAGUCGGCAAAGUCCAGUCGAGGAGCCGCAGGUCAGAAUGCAAAACCUCAUCUCGCACAGAUCACUUUACUAG